CUUGCAUAAAGUGGGAUGCCGUUUUCUGAAUUGUGUACUAGUACUCCCUUUGUGUUUUUUACCACUCCAAAGUUUUUGAUAUCACCACAUCUGCAAGUCACCGUCUGCUUUGUUAGGGUCACGUGAUCAAUGACGGCUUUGGUCAGCCAUGGCUGUCGUGUCAUGGAAGGAGAUUUUACUUUUGACUGGACUGGUGGUGGGAUGUUACUGGAACAGUCUUUCGUGUGGCUUUGUGUUUGAUGAUGUCUCAGCAAUCCUUGACAAUAAGGACUUACGGCCCUCGACUCCUCUCCGCAACCUAUUCCUCAAUGACUUCUGGGGGACACCCAUGGCUGAGGAGCGCAGCCAUAAAUCUUACCGACCCUUGACCGUACUCACCUUCCGUCUGAACUACCUCUUCAGUGAGCUGAGCGCCGCCUCCUACCAUCUUCUCAAUGUGGUCUUACACGCCGUAGUGUGUGUGCUUUUCCUGCGAGUGUGCCGUUUGUUCCUGGACAAAAAUUCCAGCUUGGUGGCAGCAUUGUUGUUUGCUGUGCACCCCAUCCACACUGAAGCUGUCACAGGUGUGGUCGGUAGAGCUGAACUUCUUUCUUCAAUCUUCCUCCUGGCUGCUUUCCUGGCUUACACGAAAUCAACAGGGUCAGAUCACUCCAUCGUUUGGGCUCCCAUCGCUCUGACAGUCGUUCUAGUUGCCGCAGCAACACUGUGUAAGGAGCAGGGAAUCACCGUCGUAGGCAUCUGCUGCAUCCAUGAGGUUUUUGUUGCACAAGGGUUUACCUUGCCCAUGCUGUUGGACACACUGCGGCAGGUCCUGCAGGGUAAAGAUGGUUUCCCCUACGCUGUCCUGCAAACGCUGCUGAAGCUCAUCGUCCUGGUUAUCAGCACCCUGCUGCUCGUCAUCGUCAGGGUCCAAGUCAUUCAGUCCCAGCUUCCUGUCUUCACCAGGUUUGAUAACCCGGCAGCAGUCAGCCCGACUCCCGGUAGACAACUCACCUUCAACUAUCUGCUCCCCGUCAACGCAUGGCUGCUGCUCAAUCCCUCCGAGCUCUGCUGCGACUGGACCAUGGGCACCAUCCCUCUGGUGGAGUCACCUCUCGACCACCGUAACAUAGCAACCGUGGUGUUUUACACUUUCCUGGGCCUGCUGGCUUACCACAGCUUGUGUUACAGGCACAGCUCUGCCAAGACCGUCAUCAUGGCUCUUUCUUUGAUCGUCCUGCCUUUUAUUCCUGCGUCCAACCUCUUCUUCCCCGUGGGUUUCGUCGUGGCGGAGAGGGUGCUUUACGUUCCAAGUAUGGGCUUCUGUGUUCUGGUUGCACAUGGAUUCAAGAUGGUUUCACAGAAAGGACACUUGAAGAAGAUUACCUGGUUGAUGAUCGGAGUGCUGCUAACUACACAUGCAGUGAAAACGUUCAACAGGAAUUGGGACUGGGAAUCAGAGUAUACGCUAUUCACUUCUGCACUGAAGGUUAACAAGAACAACGCCAAGUUGUGGAAUAAUGUUGGCCACGCUCUCGAGAACCAAAACAAUUAUGCGAAGGCCCUGCAGUAUUUCCUCCAGGCUACGCGUGUACAGCCAGAUGACAUCGGGGCUCACAUGAAUGUCGGAAGAACCUACAAGAAUUUGAACAAGUCCAAAGAGGCCGAAGAUGCCUACUUAGUUGCCAAAUCACUCAUGCCACAGAUUAUUCCCGGUAAGAAGUAUGCGACACGCGUGGCCCCCAACCAUCUGAACGUAUACAUAAACCUGGCCAAUCUGAUCCGGGCCAAUGAAUCGAGGCUAGAAGAAGCCGACCAGCUCUACAGACAAGCGAUUAGCAUGAGACCAGACUUCAAACAAGCAUACAUCAGCAGAGGGGAGCUGUUGUUGAAGAUGAACAAGCUCACAGAGGCCCGAGACGCCUACCUCAGAGCUUUGGAGCUUGACCGCACCAACGCUGACCUGUGGUACAACCUGGCUAUUGUUUACAUUGAGAUGAAGGAGCCAUCGGAGGCCCUGAAGAACUUCAACCACGCCCUGGAGCUCAGCCCGCGUCACAAACUGGCCCUUUUCAACUCUGCACUUCUCAUGCAGGAGUCGGGUGAAUCCAAGUUCUGGCCCGAAGCCAACCGUCGUUUCCUGACUUACGUCGAGGAGGAACCCGAAGAUGCCAACGGCUACUUUAACCUGGGCAUGCUGGCCAUGGACGCCAACGAAAACGCUGCAGCUGAGAGGUGGAUGCGUAAGGCUAUCGGUUUGCAGGCCGGCUUCCGCAGCGCCUUGUUUAACCUGGCGUUGCUUUACUCUCAGUCCAAACGGGAGAUCGAUGCGCUCCCGGUGCUGGACGAGCUGCUGCACCAUCACCCAGAGCAUAUCAAGGGCCUGAUCCUAAAGGGUGACAUCCUCAUGAACCACAAGAAAGACACUCGCGGCGCUAAAGUCUGCUUCGAACGCAUCUUACGCAUGGACCCCACCAACGUGCAAGGCAAGCACAAUUUGUGCGUGGUCUACUUCGAGGAGCGCGACCUGCCGAGGGCCGAGCGCUGCCUCGAGGAGACCUUGGCCCUGGCGCCCAACGAGGAGUACGUGCGCCGCCACUUGAGUAUCGUGCAAAGCAAGAUGGCCGCCAUGAGCGCGGCGGGGCAACCGCUCACUUCAGCAGAGGGAGCCACCGCCUCGUCAGCUAAGAGGGAAAAGCCGAAGAGAGUAAAGGAAGGGGCGGCGGCGGCGGAGGAGGAAGAGGUGGGUGCUGCUGCUGCUGCUGCUGCUGCUGAGGGUGAGGAGGAAGGGAGGGGUGCCGCUGAUGCUGUUGCUGUUGGAAGGGGGGCUGGGGAGGAGAAGAAUGUGCGGAAAUCCUCUGCAGAAAGCCUCGGAGGUUCGGGCGUGGACCAAUCAGAAUCGUUGGACAGUAGCCAGUCUGACAAGCGGACUAAGGGUAAGUCCACUAAAGAGAUUAAAGAUAUAGAGGAAAAAAGAGCAGCUGCCUUGAAGAGACUAGAAGAGAUUGAGCGCAUAUUGAGCGGUGAUUGAAAUUAUUGUAAUUUAUAGCUGGACUACUUUUAUAGAGCUCUCUAAAUGCUACACGACAGGACUGCAACCCCCCUCCCUGCCCCUCUCUCCUUUCUCCCCUCCCUCCCAAAUUAAAACGUUUAUUCUUUAAUCAAUUGCCAUUUGAUUUCCUUUUGAUUUAACAACGUUUGCAGGCCUGCUCUGCUCGGCUCGGUCCUGUUGUUUCAAUUUUAACACUAAUCAUGUAAAGAAGGGAAACGUUGAUCUGCACAUGGAACUCGUAUAAAACAAUAAGCACAAUAAGCCAAUUUGGGGAUAAUCUAUUUAAAAGCUUAUAUGGCAGAUGUAGAUGCCAAUGUGUGUGCUUCAUCUGAAUGUGAUUUCACAUAUCGUAGAUCUGUAGUGGUUAUAAAUAUAUGUUUAGCUUUUUUUUUUGCCAUAAGUAGUUAUUGUUUAUCACUGGAUUUUUCUUCUUUUUUUUUUUU